AUGGAUGGCCUGCUACGCAGUGAAGAGGAAUCCGACUAUUUGCAAUCCUUGGUCGAUCGGACACGGGACAAUCCGCUGGCUGCAUGGGGGGCCCGACGUGUGGGCUGCACAGCUGCCAUUUGCCUGGUUCAAGUGGAGUCCAUUCUGGUCGCCAACGUGGGCGAUAGCCGAGUGGUCUUGUCUCAGAGGGGCCAGGCAGUGCCACUGUCGGAGGACCACAAGCCCAAUCUCCCUCGCGAGCGCGAGCGCAUUGAACGGGCGGGAGGGGUUGUUGAGCAGCAACAAGCUGGUCCAUUGACCACCUUCCGAAUCAAUGGAAAUCUGAAUCUGUCGAGAAGCAUUGGCGACCUGGAUUACAAGAAUGAUCUACAGCUGCCACCAGGUGAACAAAUCAUUUCUUCCGUGCCGGAUGUGCUCGAACACCGACGGGACGCGGCAGACGAAUUUGUGCUGAUCGCCAGCGAUGGGAUCUGGGACCGGAUCGGGAGCCAGGAAGCCGUGGACUUUGUGAGAAGAAAGCUGCAAGAAGGAGGCGAGACUUCUUUAUCGCAGAUCAUGGAAGAUCUCCUGGACGAGUGCUUCUCACCCGAUUUGAUGAAGACGGGCGGCCUCGGGGGCGACAACAUGACCGCUUUGCUGGUGUUGGUGGAGAUGAAUCCCCACUCUCCGACCAGGUCGAUGUCCCGCAACUUGGUCAUGGAAAAGCCCUUCCUUCGGACCAAAGGCAGCGGCAGCGGCCCCUCCGAUGGGACCUUUGAGUUCGACUUCUUGACCAAGCUUUGCUCAUGCCACCCCUCGGACACCCGCUACAGCCUUUAG